AUGGCAGCUUUGAACGGGAGCGAGUUCUUGGAGGUGGAGAUAGACCCGAUGAGGGAGUCGAAUAUCGGGAUGACGGCGAGGGAGGACGAGGAGCGGGAGCUGAUCAGGGAGGCCAUCACCAGACUCCCCUCCCGCCGACGGGACAACCUGGCUGUCCUGCGCCGGACCCCUUCCGAGGCCCAGCGGACCGGCGGCCCGCUAACAGAGACGAUUGACGUGCGGAAGUUGGAUCGCACUGCCAGAGAGCUCGUCGUCAAAAAGGCCCUCGCCACGAAUUCUCAGGACAACUACAACCUUCUCUCUGCCAUCAAGGACCGCCUCGACAGAGUAGGGAUUCUGGUGCCGAAUGUGGAGGUGAGGUUCGACAGCUUGAACGUAGACGCCAACAUACAAAUCGGCGAGCGAGCUUUGCCUACGCUCAUCAAUGCUACCCGCGACGCCAUAGAGGAUUUAUUCACUGCGUUGAAAAUAUACCGGCCUCAAAGGCAUUCUUUGAAGAUUUUGAACCAUGUCAGUGGCAUUUUAAGACCAGGAAGAAUGACACUGCUCUUGGGGCCUCCGGGUUCAGGCAAAUCCACUUUAUUGAAAGCUAUUGCCGGAAAACUUGACGAGAACCUAAAGGUUAGUGGUAGUGUUACAUACAAUGGCCAAAGUCUUGAUAAGUUUAAUGUACAAAGAACUUCUGCAUACAUUAGCCAAACAGAUAAUCAUAUAGCAGAGCUCACUGUACGAGAAACUUUGGAUUUUGCUGCCCGUUGGCAGGGAGCAAGUGAAGGCUUUGCGGGCUACAUGAAUGACCUUGUCCACCUCGAAAAAGAAAGAGAUAUACAACCAAGUCCAGAAAUUGAUGCCUUUAUGAAGGCAUCUUCUGUUCGCGGCAAAAAACAUAGUAUUUCAACAGACUAUAUACUUAAAGUUCUUGGAUUGGAUGUUUGUGCGAAUACAUUAGUUGGUAGUGACAUGAUCAGGGGUGUUUCUGGUGGUCAGAAGAAAAGGGUUACCACAGGAGAAAUGAUUGUUGGGCCACGAAAAACUCUUUUGAUGGAUGAGAUAUCUACGGGACUUGAUAGUUCUACAACCUACCAGAUUGUAAAAUGUAUAGGAAAUUUUGUCCAUUUCAUGGAAGGAACUGUUUUAAUGGCUCUUCUUCAGCCUCCUCCAGAGACAUUCGACUUGUUUGAUGAUCUUAUAUUAUUAUCUGAGGGUUAUGUGGUGUAUGAAGGGCCUCGAGUAGAGGUUUUAGAGUUCUUUGGGUCGCUAGGGUUCCAGCUGCCACCUCGAAAGAGUAUAGCCGAUUUCCUUCAAGAGGUGACCUCUAAAAAGGAUCAAGCUCAGUACUGGGCCGAUCCUUCAAAACCAUAUGUUUUCAUCUCUGCUCCAGAUAUUGCGAGAGCAUUCAUAAAAUCACCGUUUGGAAGGUCUAUGAGCGCCUCAAUUUAUGUUCCUUAUGAAGAAAACAUGAACCGUCCUGAAGCACUUUCAAAAACAAAAUAUGCUACAUCUAGGUGGGAACUGCUCAAGACAUGUUUGACACGCGAGGUUUUGCUAAUCAGCCGACAACGAUUUUUGUAUAUCUUCAAGACCUGCCAAGUCGCAUUUGUGGGAUUUGUCACAUGCACAAUAUUCUCUCGAUCAAGGAUGCAUCCUGGAAGUGAGACAGAAGGGAACCUCUACCUUGCAUGCCUAUUCUUCGGGCUAGUGCAUAUAUUAUUCAAUGGAUUUUCAGAAUUGUCUUUAUUGAUGUUUCGGCUCCCAGUCUUCUACAAACAACGAGAUAAUUUGUUUCAUCCAGCAUGGGCCUGGUCCUUAGCUAGUUUCUUGCUACGUAUUCCAUACUCGAUUGUUGAAGCUGUUGUGUGGACUGCUAUUGUCUACUACUCUGUUGGAUUUUCACCUGAGAUAUGGAGAUUCUUCCGCUAUAUGUUUCUACUCUUUGCCUUACACCAAAUGGCUUUAGGUCUCUUUCGUACGUUGGCUUCAGUUGCACGGGAUCUUGUGAUCGCUAACACUUUUGCUUCGGCUUGUCUGUUGAUUACAUUCUUGUCCGGUGGUUUCAUUAUCCCAAAGGCUAUGAUUAAGCCAUGGUGGGUAUGGGCCUUUUGGCUAUCACCAUUAUCUUAUGCUCAACGAGCAAUUUCUGUCAAUGAGUUUGAUGCUGAUAGAUGGAUGAAGAAAUCGGCAAUUGGAAAUGAGACUGUUGGGUACAACAUUCUCCACAGUCAUAGUUUACCGGUUGAAAGAUACUGGUACUGGCUUGGAGUUGGUGUUUUGUUGCUUUAUGCUAUACUUUUCAAUAUCGCUGUCACAUUUGCGAUAGCCUUUCUUAAUCCACUUAGAAAGGCUCAAGCUAUCCCUCGAUUUGAUGAUGAAGAAAAAAACAACCCCAACGGUAGGAGCAAUGCAUUGUUAGAUCAAUCAGCUACGCUAGAAACUAAAAGGAAAGGAAUGAUUCUUCCAUUUCAACCGCUAGUAAUGACAUUUCACAAUGUAAACUACUUUGUUGAUAUUCCCAAGGCAAUGCGUCAAGAAGGUAUGUCAGAAAGGCGGUUGCAGCUCCUCGUAAAUGUGAGUGGAGUAUUCUCGCCUGGUGUUCUAACUGCCCUAGUUGGUUCAAGUGGAGCUGGAAAAACUACUCUGAUGGAUGUGCUCGCUGGUAGGAAAACAGGGGGAUAUAUAACAGGGGAUAUAAAGAUAUCGGGACACCCUAAGGUGCAGAGCACGUUUGCUAGGAUUUCUGGAUAUGUUGAGCAAAAUGAUAUACAUUCUCCACAAGUCACAGUUGAGGAGUCUCUUUGGUUUUCUUCUAAUCUUCGGCUCCCCAAAGAAGUCACAAAAGAACAGAGAUGUGAAUUUGUUGAGGAAGUAAUGAGACUAGUAGAACUUGAUACGUUAAGACAAGCUUUGGUUGGUUUACCUGGUAGUUCAGGUUUGUCUACAGAGCAACGAAAACGAUUAACAAUUGCCGUUGAGCUUGUAGCAAAUCCUUCGAUUAUUUUUAUGGAUGAACCUACAUCUGGACUUGACGCGAGAGCUGCGGCCAUAGUGAUGCGCACUGUUCGUAAUACAGUGGAUACUGGACGUACUGUAGUUUGCACCAUUCAUCAACCAAGUAUCGACAUUUUUGAAGCAUUUGACGAGUUACUUCUAAUGAAACGGGGAGGUCGGGUUAUAUACGGAGGGAAGCUUGGCCUCCAUUCACGGAUUUUGAUAGACUACUUCCAGGGAAUCAAUGGGGUCCCUCCAAUUCGUGAUGGUUAUAACCCUGCAACAUGGAUGCUUGAGGUUACUACUGCUAGUGUGGAAGAGAAGAUACAAGCAGACUUUGCCGAGUUAUAUGUAACAUCUACGCAGUACAGGGAGGUUGAAGAUUCUAUUAUGAGCUUGAGUAGCCCUCCUCAAGGCUCUGAACCAGUGCGUUUUGACUCCACAUACGCACAAGGUUCGUUGUCCCAAUUUCAGAUUUGUCUUCGGAAACAAAUGCUUGUCUACUGGAGAAGUCCACGAUACAAUGUAGUGAGGUUGUUCUACACUAUGCUAGCAGCACUAAUAUUGGGGACACAAUUUUGGGGUGUUGGUUCUAAGAGGGACACAACUCAAGCUUUAUUUACUGUAAUGGGAGCUUUGUACAGUGCAUGUAUAUUCCUUGGGGUAAGCAAUGCUUCUUCAGUGCAGCCAAUAGUUGCUAUUGAAAGAACGGUGUUUUACAGAGAGAAGGCAGCAGGGAUGUAUUCGCCAUUAGCUUAUGCAGCUGCGCAGGGAAUUGUGGAAAUUCCAUACAUUUUGGUUCAGACAAUCAUCUACUGUGUCAUUACAUACUUCAUGAUUAAGUUUGAACAAAAUGCUGGGAAAUUCUUUUUGUACAUGUUGUUCAUGUUCCUUACAUUCACAUACUUCACGUUUUACGGAAUGAUGGCUGUGGGGUUGACCCCUACUCAAAACAUUGCCGUUGUGGUCUCAUCUGCAUUCUACUCUCUAUGGAACCUUCUCUCUGGUUUCCUCAUCCCAAAACAGUUCAUUCCUGUGUGGUGGAUAUGGUUUUACUACAUCUGCCCUAUAGCUUGGACACUCCAAGGGAUUAUAUCAUCCCAACUUGGUAAUGUGGAAACCAUUAUUCAAGGACAGGGUUUUCAAGUAUCGGUAAAAGACUAUUUGAAAGCAAAUUAUGAUUAUGGAACAAACAAGAUUGGGCCUUCCAUUGCAGUGUUGUUAGUCUUCAAUCUCCUUUUUUUCUCAGUCUUUGCAGUUUCUGUAAAAUUCAUCAACUUUCAAAGAAGGUAG